AAACAAGUUGUGUUCUGUUUGUCUGUCCUAAGAGUCCGCCGUUAUUAAACUCGUGUUCUGUUUCCACCGUCUCUCCCGUGUCCUCUCUCUCUCCUCCUCACACAUAUAAAUAAAGAUCAACAUAAUCUCUCAAUCCAGAUACAAUAGCAUCAUCAUCAAUUCUUCUUAGAACCUCAAAAUGCAGAAAACUUGCGACUUGGAACUUCGUCUUUUUCCCACUUCUUAUGAUUGUGAUUCUUCAGAUACAACCUCUGUCGUAGAAUCAACCAGCUCUGGAAAUUUACAACCAAAGGAAGAAUCUCAAAGAAUGACAAUUUUCUACAACGGAAAAAUGUGUUUUUCUUCAGAUGUUACACAUCUUCAGGCAAAAUCGAUAAUAUCGAUCGCGAACAGAGAAAUGGAAAAGAAGUCAUCCUCAAACGGGUCGGAUCCUCCAAACAAGUCGACACCAUUUCAUCAUAAUCAGCUUCCAAAUCCAAAGGCAUCAAUGAAAAAAUCUCUCCAAAGCUUUCUUCAGAAACGGAAAAGUCGAAUUCAAGCUACUUCACCUUACCAUCAGCAUCCACGACGAUAAUAAUUAUUUUAUUUUAUUUUAGUAGGUUUUGUUUGUUUGAUAUUAAUCCAAAUGGACUAUAGCUGUAGUGUUUUUUCUUUUUUACUGAUUAGGGAAUUACUCCUAUAUAGUAUUUGAUUCAUCCGAAGAUCGAUUUUGAAUCUGACUUUUUGUUCGUAUA